AUGGACAGCUUCGGUUCUGAUUUUUCAGCAGGUGGGGCAGGUGGUAAAAUGGACACCGGCACGAUAAUGGAGCAGGUUAAAGUCCAAAUUGCCGUGGCGAACGCACAGGAGCUCUUGCAGAGAAUGACAGACAAAUGCUUCAAGAAGUGUAUAGGAAAACCUGGUAGUACACUGGACAACUCAGAGCAGAAAUGCAUCGCCAUGUGUAUGGACCGAUAUAUGGAUGCCUGGAAUACUGUUUCCCGAACGUACAACUCCAGAUUACAGAAGGAACGAGCUCGCAUGUGA